AUGCGUAUACAAAAGACAGUUCUGAUUAUAUUUUUGGUGUGGAUACGAAAACAGAAAGUAAACAGAAAAGUGGAAUAAAUUAUUUUGUGUAAAAUGAGUGCUCUACAUAAGAUUUUUCCAUUUUUCCUGGCUGGUGGUUCCUGUGUAGCGACUUUUCUAGCUAUAUACAAACUCGUACUAUUUCUCUCUAUGCCACAGGAAGUAAAAGUUGAAAAGGUGUGGUUUUACAACUUCCUGGACAAUGCCACUCUAACUCAUGAAAUUAUAAGCACAGUUGUGGCUGAUCUUCUGCUACUGACUCUAUUCAUCUUGCCGCACAGUCUCAUGAAGACUGAAGCUAUUAAGACAUUUUUUCACCGACGUGGAUUAUCCACCUGCCACCGGACGAUUUACUGUCUCAUUAGCUCAUCAACAUUAAUGGUGCUCAUCAAAUAUUGGGUUACUGCUCCAGGGUUAAUUAUUUGGCGAGUGGACGUUGCACGAGACACCCGUUUGUGGUGGCUUUUCGUUCUCAUUCAUGCAUUCGCUUGGAUUAUCAUCUACGGUGGUUCCUUGAUAAUGGAUUUGCUGGAAAUUCUCGGAGCCAAACAGAUUUACCAUGAAGCAAAUAAUCUGGCCCCUCCGCUACUCUACAAAGCAAUUGAAUUAAGACGUUUAUAUGGACAUGUACGCCACCCAUCUUUCAUCUGCAUCACAAUCAUUCUUUGGGUAGUGAAUAUUCUGACACUGGAUCGUUUGGUAUUGAAUGUCCUGAUGACUCUUUACAUGUAUCUGGCUUGGAAUCCUAAUGCUCAGGAUUUGCAGUAUCACAGAAGUCAAUUUUCCAGAAAGAAGUAUGAACUCAAUCUCAAAAUUCAAAUUUAAUUCUUUCAAUUUAUUACCUCUAACCAUUAUUCAGUGUGAAUAAUAAAUAAUUCUGGCUUAUAAUAAAAUUACGAUAAAAGCUCUUAAGUAUGUACCAGAAAAAACUUAUCUCUUGGAACAAAGUUUAAAAAAAAUUGAUGGGUUCAAUCGGAGAACAUGUUAUCUUUCUUAAAUAAAAACUAAUUUGUACCACAA